AUGGGUCCGUCUCUGAGAGACCACUCCUUCUACGCCCGUCCGCCCACUCGCGAACGGCCAUCGACCCGCGACCAAGGGGAAAAUUCGCUGGUCGUUCCCAGUCGCACCUCCUCGCUACACUCCCGUAUUACACAACCGAUCCCUUCUCAGGCCAACCUAAAACCAGCACAACGAACGCCGAAAACGCUUACCCAUGCGUAUAUGGUAUGCGGUGUGGGCCGGGAACCCUCGCAAUGGGUGAAGGCACCUGCGCCUUCUCAGGGGAAGAUUGGACAUAUGAAGGGUGCAGUGGGUCAGUUUUGGUUGCCAGAGAUUUUGGGAAGCAGUCCCCGCCUGGAGCAGGACAAUGAAAUCGCAAAGUCUCUGCAUUCAGCAAUGAGGGCCUGCUUUCCUCACGAUGUCGAGAUUUGCACCGGCAAAAACCAACCACACUGCGUUCACCAUGCUUUCGUAUUACAGCAGGAUUCUUCUCACACUCUUUACGGAAUUGCCCUGCGCGUCUGGUCCCGCGCCGAUGAAAAGCGCGCCGAAACAAUCCGCGAACUGCGCAAGAAGACCGAGUCUGACUUUUACGACAACCCCGAAGAGACUUACUGGAUUCCAUACUGCCUGAGCUUCCUCUCCCGGUAUCCAUUGUACGAUUUACUCGGCGACUAUCUUCGUGGAAUGUGGAUCCACUGGAACAAGGCUACCAAUCUCUUCCACGCUGAAGAAGUCUCCCGCAUUCUCAGCUUCCCCGCGCCCCGCCUGAAUGACCUUGUUCGGAUCGACAUGAAGGAUUAUGCUCUUUGCUACCAAUUCCCAUCGUCUCCCACGGGCUUCCAGAACUUUUCCAUGUGGCCGUUGUUCACAUGCCUGUCAAUCCCUAACAUCGUUGGUGUCAUUGAGGCCGCUGUUUCUCCCACCCGCCGCAUCAUUUUCGUCAGCCACUACCCGGCGAUGCUCACUAUUGCCGCGGAAACUAUCCGUUACUGUGUGCGCAUUUACGAGUGGAGUGGUCUCUACGUGCCAAUGGUUCAUGCCCGUCAUAUCAAGGAUCUCGUCCAAGAACCCGGACCCUACAUUCUUGGUGUGACGGCGGAGUGCCGGACACUGUUUAACGCCCCAUCCGAUGCUCUCGUGGUAGACUUGGACCGCAACUUCGUGCUUACCUCCAGCCCACCAAACGUCUUGAACCCCAGCCAGCGCACAAAGUUCAUCAACCGCUUGACGCAGUCGUUGAACGGCGAUGUUUCUCCAACUGGUGUCCCGAAUCAUCUCCGCUCCGCAUACGCCGGCGGCAAGCUCAUCCCGGCUGGACAGAUCAUUGUCAUGCGGGGUGAGGUCGAGAGCAUUGAAGAACCCACGUGGUGGAACCAGGACUCCGUGAUGGGAGUCAUGGACCACGUUUGCGAGAAAUUGGGACGCAACACCGGCAUGAAAGCCAUUUUCGGCGGCUCAGUGAAGAAGCCUCUUAUGACCAAGGUCUCGAUGCGUCACCUCAAUGAGAUUGUGCGUGAACGUAACCAGUACUCGCGUGAUGCCAUGGAGGCAUGGCAAGACUUUAUCAACCUCAAGGGCCGCAUGGAUACGGAGAUUGGCAAGGUCACCAAGCGCAACAACUUCUUGGUUGAGGAGUUGGAGACUUGGAAACAACAGUUCCUUAAGUUCCAGGCCUUCGCUGAGCAGCUCACCAAGGAAACCAGCGAACUCAAGGCUAAGAUCGAGAACCACAAGCGCGAGAACCGCCGCCUUUCUGGCCUUAUUGAUCAACAGAAGGACGAUGUCGCUCGUCUUACUCUGCGCCUUUCUGGCACUGAGAAGCAGCGUGACGAUGCUCUUGAAGCCUUGGUUCUCCAGCAGGAGAUCGCAGAAGAGUUGGAGCGCGAGCGCAAGCGCAACCAGAAGGAACUUGCUGCCUUGCAGCACACCACCACCUCUCUUGCGCGCCAGCGUGAUGAUGCCCAGCGGGUUGUCCUGCACUUGCGUAGCUUGAUUAAUGGCAAGUCUCACCAUAUGGAACACCUUGUCCGCUCAAUCGGCAGCUCAGCCGACCUCAGUGAACUAGCUGAGCAGGAAGCUGCUGAGGAGGAGGAGACUGGAAAGCGCGCAGAGUCCGUGAAGGGCCGCAAGGAACCAAAGACAAAGGAAUCUAAGGCCGAGAUUGAUUCCUCAAAUGGUGUGUCGAACGUAAAUCCAGACAUGGAACAACAUUUGCUGAACAUUGAUAAAGGACAACGCAAUAUUGCGCGCCUCAGCGUGACUGAUGUCGCGGAUCGCUACCUGCGAGACAAGACAGAUGCCAUCUCCGACAUUAUCCGCAGCAUCAGUGAGCAGUGUGCCGCUGCCGUCGAGGGCUUGCAACUUGCCCAAGAUGCGGAGGAUGGCGAUUCUGUGACUGGAAAAUCCAACCAUGACGAGAACCACCUUGAAGCUGCGCGGGGUCUGUCGACUCCCCGAGAGGGUAGCGAAAUGGGUGACAGCGAGAGCAGCACCCUUCACCCCGAUGGGCGAACAAGCGUUCCCCCCACUCCUGACUUGAUCCACAACCGGUCAAGCACAUCGAUGUCGAUGAUCAGCAGUUCAACUUUCCCAGAGAGGUCUAGCCAGCAGUAUGGACCGGGUGAGAUCCCAACCCGGAUCGUCGAGGAUGAUGACGAGCAUGCCCAUGAGACGGAUGGCAUGGAUGGCCAAACCGAGACUGGCACACUUUCCAAGCAAGCCAGUGAGGACCUCAUGCGAUCCACCCCUCGCAUGCUCGCGUAA